AUGCAAAGAAAAAGAAGUUUGAUAUGAAAGUCAGCUAUCUGUGAAAGACACCGAAAUCCAAGAACUAAAGCAGAAACUAGCUGAUCCUGGAUUUUUACUCGAAAUCGAUGAUUUUUCCAAAAGUGAAAUUUCCCCUGAAAAGCCUCGGCUGUCCCUUAUACCUCCACUUUCUCCAAACUUCUGCACUUUAGCCACUUCAUAUACCCCAAAUAUUACUCCAAGAAAAAAAUUUGACUCAAGCUUUGAAAGUGAAGUAUCCACACAAAUAUUUUCGAGAGAUGAUUUGAAGCUAAAUAUCGCUGAUUUAUCAAAAAUCCAAGAUACUUCAUCUGAAGGAAAUUGAAGAAAUGAGCAGAAAAAACUAUAUGAAGAAAAAAUAAAUCAGCUAAAAGAAGAUUACAACGAAUUACUUACUCCUCCCCCUCCGUGAGUGAACAAAAAAAUUUUGUUCACUCACGGAGGACGGAGGGGGGUUAACUUUUUUUGCUAAAAAAAUUUAUAUAUAAAUUUUAUAAAAAAUUUUUUUUCGAAAUUUAAAAAAAAAUCCUAAUUCGCAAAAAUUGGAAAGCAAAUAUUAAUUCAAUUUGCAAAAUUUAUAUUUUAAAAAGCAAUUCGUUUAAAAUUAAACAGAAUUAGCUCUACAUUUCAUUAUACUAAUUAUCAUUUAUAUAUUAAAACUUUUUUCCAUAAAAAACUUUUCUAUUAAAAAAAUUUUUGUUCGCUCACGGAGGGUGGGUUUUUUGGGCAAAAAA